GGCGGAGGGAGGAAACUGGCUUCCUGAAGCCUCCUCACCCUCCAAGACAGACCAACAGACAGACAGACAGCUGGUAAGAGGCAGCCAGGGGGACACGGCUGCUUCAGCAAGCCUCAUGGCUGAGUAAGCCUCCCCGGGGGCCUGGCAGCCCCGCAGCAUGGUCCAGGCCUGCGGGGGGCGCUCCAGAGCACAGCUGUCGGUCUCGUCUUCGGGGGCAGCCAUGACCCAGCCUCCGCCCAGCAGAGCACCAGCCAAGAAGCACGUGCGGCUGCAGGAGAGGCGGGGCUCCAACGUGGCUCUGAUGUUGGACGUGCGGUCCCUGGGGGCCGUGGAGCCCAUCUGCUCAGUGAACACCCCCCGGGAGGUCACUCUACACUUUCUGCGCACAGCCGGACACCCCCUCACCCGCUGGGCCCUGCAGCACGAGCCACCCAGUCCCAAGCAGCUGGAAGAGGAAUUCUUGAAGAUCCCCUCAAACUUUGUCAGCCCUGAAGACCUGGAUAUUCCUGGCCAUGCUUCCAAGGACCGAUACAAGACCAUCUUGCCAAAUCCCCAGAGCCGCGUCUGUCUAGGCCGGGCACAGAGCCAAGAGGACGGAGACUACAUCAACGCCAACUACAUUCGCGGCUACGAUGGGCAGGAGAAGGUCUACAUCGCAACGCAGGGCCCCAUGCCCAACACUGUGUCAGACUUCUGGGAGAUGGUGUGGCAGGAGGAAGUGUCACUCAUUGUCAUGCUCACUCAGCUCCGAGAGGGCAAGGAGAAAUGUGUCCACUACUGGCCCACAGAAGAAGAAACCUAUGGCCCCUUCCAGAUCUGCAUCCAAGAUGUGAAAGAGCGUCCAGAAUACAUUGUGCGGCAGCUCACCAUCCAGUGCCAGGGGGAAUGCCGGUCAGUGAAGCACGUCCUAUUCUCAGCCUGGCCUGACCACCAGACACCAGAAUCAGCUGGGCCCCUGCUGCACCUGGUGGCUGAGGUGGAGCAGAGCCCGGACACAGCUGCCCACACCAGGCCCAUGGUGGUCCACUGCAGUGCAGGGAUUGGCCGGACAGGCUGCUUCAUCGCCACCCGAAUUGGUUGCCAACAGCUGAAGGCCCGAGGAGAAGUGGACAUUCUGGGCAUUGUGUGCCAACUGCGGCUGGACAGGGGGGGGAUGAUCCAGACCACGGAGCAAUACCAGUUCCUGCACCACACCUUAGCCCUGUAUGCAGCCCAGCUGCCGGAGGAGUCCAGCCCCUGCCCCCUGGCACCUUCCACUAGCCCAGGCGCCCAAAUCCCCCAGGCCUGGGAAGGUGGGUCUGGGGAAAGUGGGCCUUGUGACCGGGGCUAUCCCCAGGGUGGGCAUGGGGAAGGGGUGCCCCCUCAGUGAGCACAUGUGGCCCCAGGAAGCUGCAUCAGCAAGGACCAGGACCAGACUCCAAGUCUGCACGACGGGCCGCUCUUCUGCUUCCACUAGUCGCCCCAUGCGGACACCAGGGGGACCCUCCCAUGUCUCUCUGAACUUAAAGAUAGGAGCUGGCACUUACACCAGACCUGAGAGACCCAGGUGUCUCCGCCUGCUCUAAAGUGCUCUGCAAGCUGCAUUCUCCUCGUCUAUGACACGGACAGUAAGUGUUUUGCUGCCAUAAGAGGAAACCAAUCAGGGAAGAUCCUAGGAGCUGCUCCAGAUAAAUGCUGUUCCUGGGAUGGCAAAGUGAUCCCAAGGCCAUCCUGUGCCCAGGGCCCUGCCCACGAACAGGCCAGAUGCCAGAGCCAGGAAAAGUCUGGACCUGGCCUUGGUCAAGUUCUCAACAUCCUAGCAGUAACUGCCUCCUCGCCCCUCAUCUGUGAGGACUGAUACCCCUCACAGAGAUAUCCUUAAGAGAGAACAAGGCCCGGACUACCUGUGUCCACACGUGUCCUGGGAGCAGGCUGCAGAGGUGACCAGGCUCAGCAGUUGAAAUCUCUGGAAGAUGGAAAAGAGUGGGGACCCCUCAGAGGCCCAGAGAGCUGCCUGUGCCUCCGUAAUUGCCAGGCACUCACCCCAGCUACUCCCUAGGGAGGCCUAGCACCCUCUGUCUUCCUUCCCUGACCCCAGAAGAUACCCUGGAUACCAGAAAGUACAAAAGAAAGAGGAAAGAAGAAAUAAAAAGAUCAGCCUGAUUUUAGAUUAACCAGCCCCCUCGACCACCCUCCUCCCCUGCCACAGCAGAGUGCAAACGGGGGCUCAGACUGAACGGGGACCCCUCUUAGUCUACCCCAGAGACCUCACUCUCUCAUCACCUCAGCGAAAAUGCAAUUUCCUGGGCUAUCUCAGGGCUGACCUACUCACCCCAGGAAGACAUCCGAAUCUUUCACCCUUCGAUCCAAGAUGGGCCGCCUGUGGGGAUGAAGGGAGGUAUUAUUCCUCUAGGCACUCGACCCCUGGGGUCUGCCUUCACUGAUGCUGCUCUCUGUGGAGCCCCCCAAGGAGCUGAAUCCUGGAGAGCAGCUGGGCCUCCUCACCCAUGACAUCUCUUCUGAAGAACCUGUGGUGUUGAAACUGAGGUGGAUUUUCUUAAUGCCUCUGCUUGGCCUUCCUGAGGGCUGCUCCUCCUCCCAGCCCUGCAAAGGGGCUCUCCUGCACCCCCACUUUCCUGACGGUCUGUGCGCAGGAAGUUGGGAGGAGAGCUCUCAAGGGCCUGGUGCUGCCCUGAGCGCAGAGCCAGCCAGGAGGGGAGCCACUGAGCAGGCCCACAGGCCUCCCUUCCUGGUGCACUGCCCCAGCCCCAUCCCAACUCCAUGCCUUUCCAGGGCACAGCUCUGGAAAAGUAACCCAGCAGGAAAAUAAAGACUUCUUGGA